AUGGCGGCGGCACAUGGGAGAGCCGGGGCGGGACCUCCAUCGCGGCCCUCCGGUGGUGAGGAGCGAGGUCGCGGGCUCUCGGGAGGAGAGAAGCGUCGGAAGCGAAAAAACGAAGGGGCGAGAAAUCCUGGGUUCACAAAUUCCCGAGCAGCAGCGCCGUCGCAGGGCCGAGUUCCUCUUGCCUGGAGAGCCUUUGUCUCUGGCGUCCGGUCCAGCCCACUCCUAGCAACAGCUGUCCACCCUGCCUUCCUCCGCCCUCGGCACCCCCGCGCGGGACUGCGGCGGCGGCGGCUGCUCCCGAUGAGCUCCGCAGCCGGCCUGCUCCAGGAAAAGGCGUCCUGCGCCCGGCACCGGCGGAUGAGGCGGCGAGCGCGCCUGCCGUCGCCGCGCGCAAGCGUGUUGGGUCCCCGCUCCGGCUGGAACCCGCCGACAGGAAGCGGCGCGGCGGCCCCUGCGGGCAGCGGCGCCUCUUCCGCUCCUGCUACCCGGGAGGGGGCGGCGGGCCUCCCGAGCCGAUCGGCCGGAACCACCGCAGUCAGACCCCCCGGGGCGCCGCGCGGCCUCUUUGGCUGGCCGAGGACGGGAAGGAGGGGCGCAGGCCCGGACAUUUUAUUUCCUUACAUCAAAGAAAAUGUUAAAGAGUAUUUGCAGACACAUUGGGAAGAAGAAGAAUGCCAGCAGGAUGUCAGUCUUUUGAGGAAACAGGCUGAAGAAGACUGCCACCUGGAUGGGGCUGUUCCGAUCCCUGCUGCAUCUGAGAACGGAGCAGAUGACUCGCAACUGAUGAUCCAGGCCGUGGUGGAUAACGUGUGCUGGCAGAUGUCUCUAGACCGAAAGACUACGGCACUGAAACAGCUGCAGGGCCACAUGUGGAGGGCAGCGUUCACAGCAGGGCAUGUGAAAGCAGAGUUCUUUGAAGAUGUAAUUCCAGCAGUGAGGAAGUGGAGAGAGGCUGGAAUGAAGGUGUAUAUUUAUUCUUCAGGGAGUGUAGAAGCACAGAAACUAUUAUUUGGGCAUUCUACAGAGGGAGAUAUUCUUGAGCUUGUUGAUGGUCACUUUGAUACCAAGAUUGGACACAAAGUAGAGAGUGAGAGUUAUCGAAAGAUUGCAGACAGCAUUGGGUGCUCAACCAACAACAUCUUGUUUCUGACAGACGUUACUCUGGAGGCCAGUGCUGCUGAGGACGCAGAUGUACAUGUAGCUGUGGUGGUGAGACCUGGCAAUGCAGGGCUAACAGACGAUGAAAAGACUUACUACAGCCUCAUUACGUCCUUCAGUGACCUGAACCUGCCUUCCUCCACGUAGAGGCUAUCUGAGGAAGACCAGCCGUCUCCACAGAGUCGCCCCUGUAGACUAGUUUUUUCCUAGUGGUACAAGUAACUUCCUUUAAACAUACAUAUAAACACACGUAUGUAUGCAUGAAAGUAUAUAUGUGUGUGUUCAAGUUCUCUUCGUAGGCACACAAGUUUGGGGGGAAAUCUCAGUUCAGUGAAAAGGAAACUAAUUUAAAGAUGCUUUGUAUAUAGAAAUGGUUUGAAACCGCAACUCUCACCCUUAUUGAGGGUAAAAUGUAGUUGAUAGAAGAAAUUACUACAAUGCAGAUUAUGGUUAUCACAUUAUGGACCAAAAUGGAAAGAUAGGUUUGAGAAGUUAUUCAGAAGCUUUGGUAUUU